AUGGAUGAAAACAAGAUCUCCCAAUGGCGUGUCUCAACUGCGAGCGCAUGCUUGCUAUUCCAACACAGGGCAAGUCAUAUGGUGCAUUCAAGAUUUCAGCCGAAAGAAUGGGAGAAGUUGGAGUUGAUGCAUGAUGUGCUUCAGUCCUUGAGUAUCUCCAAGAAACUUGGCAAAACAUGGCUGAUUCUUCAAAGUUCAAUGAUUUUUUCAACUGCCAUUAAGUCCGGCCUUGACAAUAUUUGCAAGUGGUACCACAAGAUCAAUGAAACCGAUGUCUACUUCAUUUGCCUUGCGCUCAACCCCAACUAUAAGGUGGCAUAUGUGAAGGGUAAAUGGGAGCCUCGUGACUUUGAUGAGGGUAUGAAAUGUUUGCAGAAAGUUUUCAACAAGUGCUACCAUCACACUUCCUUGCCUGACACAGAGCUCAUUGUUGUGGCUCCCUCCUCGCUUGCUCACCAAGGGUCAUAUGGCCACAGCUGGAUGCGCAAUGCUGUCAAAUCUCGCGUUGCGAGUGACACCACAAACCGAAGGCCUUGCCAAGAGCUUGACAACUACCUUGCUGCACCACUAGAGGAUGUCAAGAAUAUAGUGGCAUGGUGGGGUGGCUCUGCCGUUGCCUCUGAACGUGUUUUUUUGAGCAGUGGCAUCACCAGGACCAUGCACCGGAAUUGUUUGUUGCCGUCAACUUUUGAGGCCCUUCAGCUGUUGAAAAGUGGCUAUCGUCAGGGCCAUAUAUCUGCGACGGCUCAAGCCGAGUUUGCCACUGCUCAUGAAUACUAUGUUGUGGAUAUGGUGUAUGUUUGGACGUUUGAACACGUUCAUAAGGGUCUGGUUCAGCAUUCACCUUCCUUGCCUGAACCGGACCUAAGAUCCAGCUCUAUGUUCGACAAAACACCCUUGAGAACCGGACUAGACCAGACCGCAGCAGCACUAGGUGCACUCCUGAGCAAUAGGACACUAAGCUAA